GGAAAGCGUAUUUUCACUCUAGGGUACGGCUAUUGUCAAAACAGUUUUCACGACAGGCUCUGUUAUGUUUGUGAUCAAACAAAAGAAAACAAAACGAAGAGUAAACAUUUGUUUUUCUCUUUGAUUUUCGAUAGCUGCAGUAAAAUUAGCAAUUUGGCUAGUGCAAUCGAAUAAGAAUAACACAGUUUGUGGAUUAAGAGGCAGACACAUAGGCUCGCUCGAAAAAAAAAUGUUACGAAUUACGAAAAUGUAGUGAGGAAGAGAUUUUCCUUUUCCGCAAACAGCGAACGACGAUACGAGUUUCUGAAGAAAACAUCCCCGAUUUGGAUGAAAACGUUCCCGACAUUCGUUCCAUGUAUUUCGCGACAAUCUUGAAAGUGUGUAAAAUGCUUUAUCAAUUGUUUUGGUUCCUUGCGGCAUGCUGCACCUUCAUCGUGAAUACCUUAUGGCUAUGUUGCAACUUUGCCUCCGUCGGUAUUCCUUGGUUGAUGUUGCUUCUCUUCCUGGUCUGCAUCGGGUCGAAGUUUGUGAAGCUAAAAUCUCCCGCCGACGAUGUGGUGCUGUCCAUGCUGACCAAAAACGAAAAGCAAACGGACGGCAAUGAGGCACUGUUCUGGCCAAUCGUCAAUCGGGGUGGGGCAUUUGAUGCGCCGGAAAAUUCACUCGCGGCAAUCAAUCAGUGUCUGUCGCAAAGGUGUCAAAAGAUACUGUUAGAUCUCGGCAUUACCAGCGAUGGAAAAGCGAUCAUACUUCAUAGAUCGACACUCGAGAAAGCGAACGUAAAUGAACCGAUGCAGAAGCUGAACUUUGGUUUCUUCGAUAAUUUUAACAUAAGCGAACACCAUCCACUGGGCCAACUGUUCCAGCCGGAAAAGGUGCUAACGUUCGAGAGACUGUUGAAGCUGUUGGAAUCAUCAGAAGUGACCGUAUUUCUGCUGGCCUCCCAAAUAAACUCUACGCUGUUGGAGAUAGUACGCGAAACGGCUUCAAAGUGUCCUAUUUUUACGAAACGGAUCGUUUUCUGCUGCUCUGCACCAUCGGCAAUCUAUCAGCUUCGCCAGCACUGCCCAGAUCUGGUUUGCGGGCUCUGGAUGGAAAGGUCCUGCUUUACGAUACUGCCACGCUAUCUGAAUACCUCCACGAUACUGCUAUCCAUUGUAGGUGCCAUCUAUCGAAACAUAAUAGCACCCGUGAUCGGUGUUAGUCUAGUCUUUAUCCAUAAGGAUGAGUUUAAUGCACAAAUCUCAACACUGUGGAAGAACGUCGGUGUUCGGCCUAUUGUUUACACAAUAAAUUCCCCGAACGAAAAGCGCUACUUUCAGCAGGUGACCAAAACGCUCUAUCUCACGGAUUCGCUCCGUUCCGAACCGCAGCUAAUAUUCAAACCCAAACGAAAGUAAUAAUAGUCACGCGUCGUUGUACGACGGCCAUUCGAACGGGGCUAAGAACACUUAAUUUAAGCGAAAUGUAUGCGUGUUUGUGUCUUGAGUCAAGUUAUAUAGUCUUCUUGCGUUUAGCUUUACGUUUAGCACGCGGAGCAGUGUGCUGCGUAACGCAUGUUUAGUUUUAUUACCGGCUUUAAAGCACAUUUGCAAAGCGAAUCGACCCACUUUAAAGUAGGCAGCCAUAGAUGAAGCCUCGUUGGCGUAUUUAUUUAUUUAGUCUCAGGUAUCUCUGUUCUAACACAACUUACGGCCAAGUAUUAGCUGGUAUGAGAUGUGAUUGAGACACAUCCGUAGUCAAAUGCAUUUCAAAAAUCGAUCUUAGUUUGGUUUUAGCCUCAUCAGCGUGAUGAUGCGCGUACCAGAAUCAAAACUGUAAUACUGAAUGUGUCGAAAUAAACUGUGCGCGUACGGUACAACGUAGUACGGUUCACAUA